UGUUCUUCACAGAAUACAGUGGGCUGAACCCGCUGCUGGACCAGCUGCCGAGCUACCAGUCCCUCCUGUACCGCAGGAAGUCAGCCUCCAAACGAGGAGCCAGCACCAGAACCAGGCUCAGCUCCUCUGGCAGCGUGAAAUGGACCGAGAGGAGCUUAAGACGAAACGAGGUGAAACAGACGGCGCUGCGGCCCAUCAAGGAGCUGCCCAUGUCCAUGGCUGAGAAACGUAGAGAAAAAAAUAAACGUGAGAGAAACAGUGAAAAUCUGAGCAGCUGGGAGCAGUGGAGGCGAAACACUCGCAUAUAUGUGAGGCGGAUGAAAGAAACCAGUGAAAUGUUGCUCAGCUCUCUSAAGCUCUGGAGUGGGGACAUCCACCAGAUAGAAGGGAUGUUUGGAACUGGGAUCCUGUCGUAUUUCUCCUUUCUGCGCUUCCUGGUUGUGCUCAACCUGGCCAUUUUUCUGCUCAUGUUCACGUUUGUCAUGCUCCCCAUCGUCCUCGUCCCCUACACUUCAGCAGAAAUCGUCUUCAACCGGAAUGACGGAGGCAACUGCAGCGACUAUCCAAGCAGCACUCGCCGAGGUCUCGUCAACUUCCAUGAGCACAUUACAGACCUGCUUUCUGGUGAAGGUUUCAUGGAACRGACCUACCUUUUCUACGGUUUCUACAACGUGGAUAAAAUCCAGUUUUCACACUGCACAUAUAAUUUAGCUUUGGCAUACCUGCUGACAACCAUAGCCUACCUCCUGUUCAGUCUUGUUGUGAUUGUUAAAAGAUCGGCCACAGGGUUCAAACGUAGCCUGAUCCAGAAUGAGGAUUGCUUUCAGAGCUUUUGCAACAAGKUGUUUUCUGGCUGGGAUUUCUGCAUCACCGACAAGAGCACAGAGAAACUGAAGAAGAGCAGUCUGCUCUACGAACUCAGGGUUGGUUUGUUUKUUUUUUUCUCUCGGGCAGAAUAAAGAACUAGUUUUUGCAUGGUAAUAAUCAUAAAAUACGUUGCUUCUCCUGUUUUGCAGGUGCAUUUCAUCGUGGAUCUAAUUAAUGAGUAUCUGCCCUCGAUUGUUAUGACCUUGGCCAACUUCGUCACACCCAUUCUCUUCGCUGUGAUCAUCAACUACGAGGACUACUCACCUGCCUUUGAGAUCCGCUUCACUCUCAUGCGAUGCGUCUUCAUGCGGCUGACCAGUAUUGCAGUUUUGCUGUACUCUCUCUGGUGUCAGAUCAUUGACUGCGAUGGUCCCUCGUGUGAAUGUGGUUACAAUCACAAACUUUAUUCUUGCUGGGAGAGUCGUGUGGGCCAGGAGAUGUACAAACUCACCAUCUUCGACCUCAUCAUUGUUGCUGCAGUCACCAUCUUUGUGGAGUUUCCUCGAAAGAUGCUUGUAAAAUACUGCCAGUGUGGCCUGACCAAGUGGUGGGGGGAGCAAGAGUUUUCUAUUCCUCAAAAUGUCCUGGGAAUAGUUUACGGUCAAACCAUCUGCUGGAUCGGCACUUUCUACUGCCCCCUUCUGCCYGCCAUCUGCACCAUCAAAUACUUCUUCAUCUUCUACAUCAAAAAGGUAUCGUUAAUUCACAACUGCCGUCCAGCUACACGCUCGUUCCGAGCAUCGAGCUCCACGUUCUUCUUCCUCGGGGUGUUGCUGAUCGGCCUGAGUAUGGCCUGCGUGCCAGUAACGAUCAGUAUAGCGCAGAUCCACUGUUCCCAGGCUUGUGGACCGUUUGUUAACUACACCACCUCCUGGGAGGCGCUGCCAGCCGCGGUGUCGGAGCUUCCACGAGGAGUCCAAACUUUCUUCUACGCUCUCUCGUCRGAGACCUUCGCCGUCUCUAUCUUUGUUGUUACAUUCUUGGCCAUGUUUUAUGUGAUUGCACUGGCUGGAGCUCACAAGAAAGUGAUCAGCCAGCUAAGGGAGCAGCUCACCAUGGAGGGAAAGGACAAACGCUUCCUGAUCCAGAAGAUGUUCCAGGCCCAGGAGAAAUUAAAAACUGAAUCCAGGCAGCGCAGCAGCCGGAGCCCCCGGAGCCCCUGCUACCACACCAGCUUUGCCUCCAAUUUCCCUGCAGCGAUGUGUCUGUCACACUCACCGCCAGCCUCCUCCACACAACUCAGCUGGGACGAAACCGGAAGCAGCGUGCGGUGUAUGGUGGACAAGUCAGUCAAAAUGUUGAAAAUUACGAUUAGGGCAGAUUUGGGUUCUAUGUGGAUUUUGUUCGGAUUAAUAUAUUCUCAGAUCCUGACCGUGUCCUCGGAUGAUAUUGUGGUGGCGUGUGGCGGGUUUGUGAAGUCUGAUGUUGAAAUAAACUACUCCCUGAUCGAGAUUAAACUUUACACCAAACAAGGUUCACUAAAAUAUCAAACAGACUGCGCUCCCAUUAAUGGUUACUUCAUGAUCCCCCUCUAUGAUAAGGGGGAUUUUGUUUUGAAGAUUGAGCCGCCUCUGGGCUGGAGUUUUGAACCUACCAGUGUCGACCUGCAUGUGGAUGGAAUCAGCGACAUCUGCACCAAAGAAGAAGACAUCAAUUUUUUUUUCACAGGAUUCUCAGUCUCAGGAACGGUUCUGAGUAAGGGCCACCCCCUGGGCCCCGCAGGAGUGGAAGUCAAACUGAGCCGAGCUGGAUCAGAAGAGAAACUCCUGAGUGUCGUCACACAGCCGGGGGGGAAGUACACCUUCUUCAAAGUGCUGCCUGGAGCUUAUGACAUCACAGCCUUCCACCCCUCUUGGACUCUGGAGCAGAGUAAAACCUCGGUGCUCGUCUCCAACGCCAACGCUCUGGCCACCGAGCACCUGGUGGUUGGAGGCUACAACGUCUCGGGGGAGGUCCGCAGUGAUGGAGAGCCCAUGAAGGAGGUCACCUUCCUCUUGUACUCAGCCACAGUCAGGAGAGAGGACAUCGCUGGCUGUAACAUGUCCCCGGUGGAGGGUGCGGAUCAGGAGGACAGCUCUCUGCUCUACCUGUGCAGCACUCUGUCCAGAGACGACGGCGUCUUCACGUUUCCCUCGCUCAUCAGCGGCGAGUACACAGUGGUGCCUUUCUACAGGGGAGAAAGGAUCACCUUUGAUGUUGCUCCAUCGAGGAUGAAUUUCAAAGUGGAACACAACAGCUUGAAACUUGAGCCCAUCUUCCGUGUGAUGGGUUUCUCUGUGAUGGGUCGAGUCCUGAACAGUGCUGAUGGGGAGGGGGUGUCGGACGCCACAGUGUCCCUCAACAAUCAGAUCAAAGUUGUCAGCAGGGAGGACGGUUCUUUCCGGUUGGAGAACAUGACAGCAGGUGUCUACACCAUCCGCAUCAGCAAGGAGCUCAUGUUCUUUGAGCCAAUCACGGUGAAGAUCGCCCCGAACACGCCCCAGCUUCCCGACAUCAUCACCGCAGGGUUCAGUGUCUGUGGUCAGAUCUCCAUCAGCCGCCUGCCUGAGGGCAUGAAGCAGCAGGGCCGCUACAAGGUCACUCUGACACACCRGGGCCAAGACAAGGCUUUCAGUCGGACCACCGACUCAGAUCCUCAAGGGGCCUUCUGCUUUCAGGCCAAACCUGGAGACUACARCGUUCAUGUAUCUCUGCCUGAAGCGGAGAUAAAAGCAGGCCUCGCUCUGCAGCCUCAGGCCCUCCAAGUGUCCCUGGUGGACCGGCCCCUCACAGACCUCCUCUUCACUCAGUUCAUGGCUUCUGUCUCAGGAAAAGUUUACUGUCUCGCUUCCUGCGAUGAUCUGUCUGUAACCCUGCAGCCUGUGAGUCGGCAGGGAGAGAGGAGGGCCGUGGCUCUGUCAGGCAGCAGCGACAGCCUCACAUUCUCUUUCGACAAUGUUUUACCAGGAAAAUAUAAAGUGGGUAUUUCUCACGAGGAGUGGUGCUGGAAACACAAGUCCUUGGAAAUCGAGGUUCUGGACUCGGAUGUGUCGGGGGUGGAGUUGAGACAGAUCGGCUACAUCCUGCGCUGCUCCCUGUCCCACGCCAUCACUUUGGAGUUCUUUCAGGAUGGCAGCAAACCGGAGAACGUGGGCGUGUACAAUCUCUCCAAAGGGGUCAAUCGCUUCUGCCUCUCCAAGCCCGGUGUUUACAAAGUCACCCCUCGCUCCUGCCAUCAGUUCGAGCAGGACUUCUACACCUACGAUACCUCGGCCCCCAGCAUCCUGACCCUCACUGCGGUGCGACACCACAUGACAGGACUCAUCACCACGGACAAGAUACUUGACGUCACCGUCACAAUCAAAUCAUCCAUUGAGAGCGAGCCAGCGCUGGUGCUGGGCCCGCUGCGCAGCCUGGAGGAGCAGAGGCAGGAACAGCAGCUGCAGGAGAUCCAGCUGCGACGCCAGGAGCGAGAGCGGCGCGCAGCCGAAGAGGGGCGAGGCACCAAGGACGACAGUCCUCCUGUCCAGGAGAAGGCAGAUGAACUCACAGGCCCCUUCCACUACGAGUUCUCCUACUGGGCCAGAGCUGGCGAGAAGAUCACAGUCACUCCUUCCUCUAAGGAGCUGCUCUUUUACCCACCGGAGGUAGAGGCAACUAUCACAGGAGACUCGUGUCCAGGCCGGCUCGUCGACAUUAUCGGGCGCGCAGGUCUCUUCUUAGAGGGCAAGGUGUCUCCAGUGCUCCAAGGUGUGGAAAUCUCCAUCACAGAAAGAGGAGCUGCUGCACCGCUCRUUACUGUGGCCACUAAUGAGAUGGGAGCCUACAGCGUGGGUCCGCUCCACAGCGACCGGCUCUACGACAUCAGUGCCAGCAAGGAGGGCUUCGUCCUGAGUCCGGUGGAGGGAACCCCGGGAGACUUCAAGGCAUUCGCUCUGGCCGGCGUCACCUUUAUGAUCAAAUCAGAGGAUGGGCAGCCCCUAUCAGGCGUCCUCCUGUCUCUGAGCGGGGGACAUUUUCGCUCUAAUCUUUUGACGCAGGACACCGGUGUUCUCACCUUCAACAACCUGAGUCCCGGUCAGUACUACUUCAAACCGAUGAUGAAGGAGUUCCGSUUCGAGCCUGCGUCUCAAAUGAUCACAGUGGAGGAGGGUCAGAACCUGAACAUCAACAUCACGGGCAUUAAGACUGCGUACAGCUGCUACGGAGCGGUGCAGUCGCUGAGCGGAGACGCAGAGAGGGACGUGGCUGUGGAGGCCGUGGGUCAGGGAGAAUGUAGCCUCUUCAGCGAGGACACCGUCACCGACGAGGAGGGCCGCUUCAGACUCAGGGGUCUGCUGCCCGAUUGCAAAUAUCUGAUUCGGCUUCGAACUGAAGGCAACGAUCACAUCGAGCGGGCUUUGCCUCAACACAGAGCGAUAGAGGUUGGCAGCAGUGACAUUGAAGGGGUCAACAUCAUCGCCUUCAGGCAGAUCAAUCAGUUCGACCUCAGCGGAAACAUCAUCACGUCUCCUGAACAUCUCCCAACGUUAUCGGUGAAACUGUACAAGAGUGACAAUCUGGACAAUCCAAUCAGCAGUGUUUCUCUGGGGCAGUCCCUUUUCUUCCACUUUCCUCCUCUGGACCGGGAUGGCGAGAGUUACGUUCUCAUGCUGUACUCCACGCUGUCCCACUCRCAGUACGAUUACACCCUGCCCCAGGUCUCCUUCUCCUCCACCGGCUACCACAAGCACGUCACCCUCACUUUCAACCCCGCUCGUAAAGUGCCCGACCAGGAUGUGGCACAGGGCUCCUACAUCGCGCUGCCCCUCACUUUGCUCCUGCUGUUAGCCGUGUACAACCAUGAGAGGGUGAUCCCCCUCCUGCUACAGUUGAUGAAUCGCAUCCAGGGAGUAAGAAGCAUGGCUCAGGCCGGCACCGACAGCGCAGCCCUGGAUGAAGCUAAACGUCAGGCUAAGAGACAGAAAGCCAGACGUACAUGAGGCGCGUCUCGCUUCACAUCCCCGUACGGUAAAUUGAACACUAGCACCGGUGACCUCGGGGGCUCAGAUAGCACCGGGCCACACUUCACUGGAGUCUCUGCUCGUCUGUUCUGUGUGCUGGUGAACCGUUCAGACCACUCAACGUGCAACUCAUCAGUGAUUUUGAUUCACUGCGCUCAAAACUGAUGUUUUUUUUGUUUUGUUUUGUUUUUAAA